AUGACGGCCCUCUUCCUACUUCGUCUGCUCCUCCUGACGGCGCUGUCCACGCUCACCUCCGCCGCACCUGACUCCGACUACCACGAAGGUCUCGUCCUCCAGCCAUUGCCGCAAUCUUCCCUAUUGGCUUCUUUCAAUUUCCGCAGUAAUACGUCGCAAGUGUCCUUCGAACAGCGACAUUUCCGAUAUUUCCCUCGCGCGCUUGGCCAGAUCCUACAACAUGCGAAUACUAAGGAACUGCACCUCCGGUUUACGACGGGAAGAUGGGAUGCUGAGAGUUGGGGCUCAAGGCCGUGGAAUGGGUCUAAGGAGGGUAAUACUGGAGUGGAAUUGUGGGCGUGGAUCGAUGCUCCGGAUGAUGAUGGGGCAUUCGCGAAAUGGAUCACCUUGACCCAGUCCUUGUCCGGCCUUUUCUGUGCGUCUAUGAACUUCAUCGAUUCUACUCGAACUACGCGGCCAAUUGCUUCUUUUGAGCCUGCUGGCGAUCAUUCGUCUAGUCAACUGCAUCUUCUCCAUGGGACGCUUCCGGGUGAGGUCGUCUGUACGGAGAAUCUUACACCUUUUUUGAAGCUUCUUCCUUGUAAGGGCAAGGCGGGAGUCUCUAGUCUGUUCGAUGGCCACAAGCUGUUCGAUGCGUCCUGGCAGAGUAUGGCCGUUGAUGUUCGUCCGGUCUGCCCUGAGUCUAGCGAGUGUCUGGUGCAGAUUGAACAGACUGUCGACAUGGUGCUCGACAUUGAUCGAUCAAAACGGCCUCGAGACAACCCGAUCCCACGCCCGGUCCCCACUGAGCAGCUUAUCUGUGACACUUCUAAACCCUACAACGCUGAUGAUACCUGUUACCCUCUGGAAAAGACUGCAGAGAAGGGGUGGAGUCUACAAGAGAUCUUCGGACGUACUAUCAGUGGUGUGUGCCCUCUCACAGAGGAUGAGAAUCCAGGAAAGGAGACAGUAUGUCUACGGGUGCCGCAUGAAAGAGGAGUGAUCAUCUCUCCUGGGGCAUCUGAGACCAGGAACCCUGAUGGCCUUUCCCGCUGCUUCAACUUGGAGCCAUCAAGCCCGUUUGACCUCAUUAUACCUGAACAGGAAGCUUUCACCCAUGUGCCGUUAGAUGAACCAGCCCUAAGCGCUGAGCGGACGAUUGUCGGUCAUGGCCAGGAGCGUGGUGGUAUGCGGAUCAUAUUUGAUAACCCGUCCAACUCAAGCAUAGUCGAUUUCAUUUACUUUGAGACCCUGCCAUGGUUCCUGCGGCCGUAUGUACACACAUUACAUGCUACCAUCAUCGGCCGCGAUGGCAUCCGCCGCUCAGUCCCGGUAUCCCAAAUCGUAAAAGAAACCUUCUACCGUCCAGCCAUCGACCGCGAACGCGGUACGCAGCUUGAACUAGCUCUGUCCGUCCCGGCCGCUUCAACCGUCACAUUGACAUACGACUUCGAGAAGGCAGUCUUACGUUACACGGAAUAUCCCCCUGACGCCAACCGAGGCUUCAACGUUGCGCCUGCAGUGAUCAGACUGUUAGGGCUGCGGGACCAAGCACAGUCUUACGAAUACUACUCUCCCGUCUACAUCCGCACGACGAGUCUUCUUCUCCCUCUGCCCACACCGGACUUCAGUAUGCCGUAUAACGUGAUCAUCCUGACGAGUACUGUCAUCGCGCUUGCUUUUGGGAGUAUCUUCAACUUGUUGGUUCGUCGUUUUGUGGCGGCGGACGAGGCGGCUGCUCUUACGGCGCAGACGUUCAAGGGGAAGAUCGUUGGUAAGGUCGUUGCGUUGCGGGAUCGGAUCAAGGGGAAGGGCUCGAAGGUGGAGUAG